AUGGCCGAAGCUCCUUGCCGACUGCUCGACCUUCCGUCGGAGUUGGUCCAUAAAAUAUGCGCGCACUUCUUACCGGAUAUCCUACCACCUUACAGGACCUUUCGGGACUAUGAUGCCGCGCGCAGAUCCGUUACGGAUCUGGUUAACUUGACUCUGGUUUGCAAAUCAUUUAACAACGUUGCAGCGCCGCUCCUUGCCAGAUACAACAGACAUCCAUUGGAGGCGGGGAUUAUUCCCUACAUUUACACCAUUCUUCAAAAUCCGGAUAUAGCAUCGCACGAGAGAACAUUUAGGCUACGUCCCUCGGAUCAUAAUGGUCUGCUUGAACGUCGCCAUGUUCAGGCCUUUGACGCAAGGGCACUGUCGCUGGGGGUUGUACUGCCAACCUUCUAUAGUACUGACCUCGUUCAGCAACCAGGUACUGAUGCGAGGCACAACUCUAUAAUCCACGAGGGCCGUGCGAAUCUGAUGUAUCUCUUGCUCGCGAGUCUCCCAAACCUAUCAUCUUAUUCUAUAUAUAGUACUUGCCAGCCCCUAUUUCCCGUCAACGGGCUGGUAGUUAUGUUUAAUACCGUUGAACAGAUCAGGGUAGUGGGAUACUCGGACAUCCCUUCAAGCCUUGAUAUGGGCAUCUUUAGGCGUUACACCCGCUACUCGAGGAACGUCGAAGUAUUCGAGUCCGUGAAUAUGGCGAUGUGUAACCGAACCAUCUACCUGUAUCAAGUUCACACCAUUCGCCUGUUGUCCUGUCGGAUUUCGGGCGACAGCUUAGUAAAUGUACUCAGACACUGCUCGUCGAACCUGAAAACCUUUGUGUUCCGCUCGGGGUAUUACAGCAUAUACCUGCAGCAAGGUGCACAGCCUGGAGAUGAUCAGAGGAAGCGGAGAUCGGAUGCCUCCCCGUGGGAUAUCGCAGCUAUCCUAAUGCUGAGCCCGGCAAGAGAAUCGUUAGAAACGCUCGAGAUAGACAUGCGCGAGCAUUUCUGUGUCAAGGCCGGAGAUAUACACGCACGCCCACCCAACCCGGAGACAGAUCUCCUAUAUAACUUCAUCAAGGGGUUAAAGUGCUUUUCUGCUCUUCGAAACCUCACUCUCACGCAGCAGACCCUCUGGGAGCUAUGGUUCAACGCAUGUCCAGGGUUCGACAAAGAAGGCAGCUUUUGCGACGAUAUGCGGUUAAUCGACCUGCUGCCCUCCUCCAUCGAGUCCUUCGCGCUCUACGACGUCACACCCAAUUUCUUACGGUGCAUCUCUACAUUCGCAGAGCACGUAGGCAGUAGGAUGGGUUUUCGGAACUUGAAAAAGUUCACCAUGCGACCAUCACCAAAUUUCGUUAGACAACUCACGCACGCGAGAAUCCACCAGGACGACCCCGAACUGCGGUUCUUCGACGAAUAUAAUAGAUUUUGCCGUGUGGAUGAGACGCUAUUGCCUCGCUGGGGACGGAUCAUGUUGAUGCUCAAGAACAGGGGAGUGCGGGUUGACUGCGUCCCUGAGGUGCACCCGCUUGACACUGAGGACCAGCAGGCCCUGCAGCGGCAGCGCGAGUUACAGCACUGGUGCGAGAAAUGCCAUUUCGAUUUUUCCGUCUGUGUUAAACGGGAGAAGUGGCUUGGUGUCUACGCGGAUUGAUUGAGCUUCUUGAAGGAUGCGAUCCCCCGCCCGUAUGUAGCGAGGCGGCUGGAGGGAGUUAGGCGUAUAAUAUGGAUGGGUUAUUGACUGGGCGAGUUUUGUGUUUUUCAGAAGGCGUUUGAUUUUCUAUAUACCCAAGCGCAUAAAGGUACUAUGCCUAUUUGUAUUUCAAGGAAUGGUCUAGGUAAACGUGUACCAUGGCUCGCAGGG